AUGUUGAUAAAUUUUAAGCCAAUUCUUAUAAUAAUUUAAAUUUUAAUAAAAUUCAUUAUAUAUCAUAAAAUUUUGAUGAUAAUUCUUUUUUAUAUAAUCUUAGGGAUUAUAGCUACAAUAUUGGCUAUUGGAGUCUAUAUUUUAGUCAUAUACCCUAUAAUUCGUUUUUCUGAAAUGAGGCGCAAAUAUGGUGAUAAAAUUAAAGUCUACUUCAGUAUUGGCAAAGGAAUAUUUAAUUUUUAUUAACAGGAUCUGAUUAAAAAAAAUGAUAGCUUAGCAUUUAUUCGUUCUAUGCAUCAUGAAAAUUUAAAAGCCUUUGCCUUUAAUUACGGAACUAAAGUAGGAUUAAGUUUUGUAGAACCUGAACACUAAAGAUAACUAUUUUAAAACAUUCAUUCUUUUAGCAAAGCAGAUGGACCGAUUGCAAUUACCUUUUUAUUUGGACAUUCUAUAGCAUUUGCACCUGAAAAAGAAUGGAGAAGAUAAAGAUAAUUCUUAUCAAAGUCAUUCCAUUUUGAAGAAAUAAAAAACUACCUUCCAUUAAUAAAAUAAUCAUGUGAAAAAAUAGUAAAAAAAUUAGACACAAAGUUGCUAUAGAAUGAUUAGAUAGAAGUAAAAGUUGUAGGCAUUAGCUAGGAAGUUACUUCAGAAAUAUCUUAUAAGAUUUUUUUUGGCUCAGCUAGUGAAAAUUAAAUGAAGAUAACCAAGAAAGAUGGAACCUAAAUUCCUAUCUCUGAGGAAAUUGUUUAAAUAAUUAUCGACUCGUUUACUCUAUUAAAAACAGAUAAAUUAGCUCUAAUUAAAUGGAUUUUACUUAAAAGAAAUAGUGUUAAUUAUUUCCCUACAAAGGGAGAGAAAGAGAUAUUGAUUCGCCUAUAAGCUUUAAAGCAGGUAUAAAUAGAUGUUGUUACUAAAAGAAAUGAGGAGCUUAUAAAAGACCCAUCUUAAGCAAAGAAAAAUUUCUUAGACUAAUAUUUAAUUGAGAUGAUUUAAGAUAAAAAUAGUGGUAUAACUUAUGAUGAAAUCAUCUCAAAUUUUGCUGCAAUAUAUUUUGCAGGUACUGAUACCUCUGGUAAUAUGGUAGGAGUUGCUUUAUAUUAUCUCUCACGUUUUCCAGAAAUUUAAUAGCAAGCUAGAGCAGAAAUUAUUAAAGUUCUCUCUUCAAAAAAAGAGAUUAUGAAAACUGAAUUUAGCUAAUUAGAAUUUGAAGAUAUCUAAAACUUAAAUUUUAUUCACUGUAUUUUGAAAGAAUCUUUAAGAAUAAUGGGGCCAUCUAUAUCAUCGUAAAUAAAGUAAGCAGACCACAAUAUUAAAAUUGGAGAAUUCGAUAUUAAAAAAGGAGAUUUGGUGACUGCACACUAUUUCUACAAUCACACUAAUCCUUCAGUUUUUGAAAAUCCAGACGAUUUCAAACCUGAAAGAUGGUUGGACUCAAAUAAUCUAAAGCAACAAUCAAACUUUUCUCCUUUCUCACAAGGGCCAAGAAGUUGCAUUGGCUAACAUCUUGCAAUAAUUGAAGGGAAAUGUUUGCUUGCUUCUAUUUUAUUAUAGUUUGAAAUAAUUCCAAAUACAUCAUAGCAAGUUAUUAGGGAAUUAAAAAGCAUUUAUACCUUCUAAAAUGAUAAUCUAGUUUUUUUCAAAAAAAUUAAAUAAAUUAAUUAAAAAACUGAAAUGAUGAUUUGA